AUGCAUCCACGUGAGGCAGAGGGGUGUGCGGGGGGAGGUACGGAGGGGCAAAGGCGGCCCGACAGCGUGGGCCUGUACAACUUUUACAAUAACAUCAUCCCCAGUCAGUCAAUCAGAACGGCCAUCUACACAAACAUAAAAGGAAACAAAAAAAAAUAUUUACUCUACGCUUGUAGUAACUACCUCAACGUGUGUUCAGUGGAUAAAGAUGGCUACACAAGUGAUUACACCAAGCAUGCUGUCUUUGCAGAGAUCCUGGAGUUAAGAGAAUACAUCCCAGAAAAGCUAGCUGAUUCAGGACCAAAGGAAAAUAUAAAAUCGUAUGUUUUUUUAUUAACAAGAAAGUAUAACUUAUUAUUGCUCCAUUUCGAUGUGAAGCUAAAUGAUUUUGUCACCAUCUCACAAGUCAAUUUACAUGAAGUAAAUGGCAUGAACAUAGAAGAAGACAUCACUCUCCUGUUGGACGAUCGGAACAGGACUCUCCUAUUCUAUGGAUACAAAAGUAUAUUAAAAUAUAUACACAUAGACUAUGACGAUUAUUUUAAUUUAAGCCACAUCUAUACCUUGAGGUUGGAUGAGGGUCUGGUCAUUGACAUUAUUUUUUUAAAGUUCAAUAAGGAGCAAAGGGGAAGGGGAGGUGGAAGUGGUCGCGAACAGAAGGACCAAAUGAAGGCCUUCCAGCUAAGCACCAGUAAACAUAACAUCGACACACAUGACGAGUAUCCAUGUGAGCCAAUGUUCACUGCAAAAGGAGACUCCCACCGAAGCAGCACCAAAAAUAGAGGUGAUCAUUUCACCACCGAUUUCAUAACUGACGUUAAGGCAGAAGGGAGAAGCCAUGCCCAGGAGGUAAGUAUUAAGGAGGAAACAAGGAGCAGUGUGAUCGAUGGCCAAUACACCACUGUAGAACGAAUCAAAAGACAGUACGCAGAUAAGACGGCGUCCCCUGAUCAUGACGCGUCACUUAACGACAUAUUGUGCAGAAGCGAAGAAAGGGAUACAGCAAAUCUAGGGUUCAAGAAAGGGUUCAGUGAACGGACAUACAAAAAUGAAAAUCAGAUGCAGACUCAGGAAGGAUACCCCCCAAUAGACACCUCUAGGGAUAGCUUUUUUGCAGAUGAUAUUCAUUGGGGAAACAACGAGUCUAGAAAAAAAAACGAUACACAUGGAAACCAUUACAAGGGAAGGAAAAAAGAGAAAAGCAAAAUAAGCGCCACGAUAUGUGUCCUGUAUGACGCCAAAAAAAAAGAAUCCACUACCUACGAAAGGUACAUAAGAUUGAUUCGUUUAUAUUCUGCCAAUGAUGAUCAUCGUCCCAGCAGUUUAAGUGAAACCAGCACAUCUAUGAACCCACGCAUAAAAAAUGGGUUCAGUGAAUACGGUCAUGUGCACACUAGUGGUGCUUCCUACCCAUACAGUAGCGAAUUCAAUUUUGUAAAAGAACCCAAGGAUGAAGAAAAGUGUAUACACCUCAUGUACUACAAGCCUGUAGUAGUAGACUCGAGCAUAAACAAGCUCCUCUGUUUCGCUAGAAAUAGGUUGAUGUUGGUGGGCUUCCAGUUCAUUAGUUAUGUUAAUUUGGAGACAGACAAGGACAGGAACUUUUUCCUGAGCUCCGAGUUAAGAACCAUCAGAUGCAUUGAACAAUUGAGUAGAAAUAAAUUUAUUUUAUCUGACGAUUAUGGAGACCUGUUCAUUUUAUCCUGCCUAUAUGAAUCCAAUCCAUCUUCGCUCAGAAUAAAAAGUGAUUAUAGCAAUGCGGGUAGCUCUCCACGGGGUGUGUCGAUGGGGGCAGGCCGGGAAGGCGUCAACCAUGGCGACGAUGUAAACGGCUACACAAACAACUACUCCCUCAACAUCAGCAGCUGCAUCAACUCCAUCACCCUGCAGUUCAUAGGUACAUGCUCCAGGUCCAACGUAAUUGUGUCCCUCUUCCCGGACAUUAUAUUUCUGGGCUCCCAAGUGAGUGAUAGCUAUUUGCUGCGCAUGCACAAUUAUCCUGUAUGUGAGUACGAAGACUACAACCCCGUGGAGCCUCCCCCCCUCGCCACCCACAAUGAUUUCCAUUGUUUGGUUAGCGGUACGCAUGUGGGAGGGGGGGCGGCUGCUCAUAAUUUGAAUGAUGAAAAUGAAGGCUCCCUUGGGGGGCAUUUCCCUAAAACGGAUGCAACGCAUGUAACCGAUCUAACGAGUGAGGCGAAUGGGACGAACACUUUAUUUAACCAUCUUGAGGGUGGACCGCAACAUGAAGACCUUCUCCAGGGUCAUGCGGGAGCGGAAAACGCCAUGUUCCCCGAUAGAGCUAACGAAAGCUGCGCAAUCAGCCACUGCUACGAUGAAAAUGUUAUUGCACAUCCCAGCGAAUACGCUACUGUAACCUGUUUGGAGAAUGACGGUCUUAACAUGGAAGAGAGGGGCUUCGUUGUGCAGUCCAAAAAUAUCAUGCAAGAAAAAAAAAAAAAAAAAAAAAAUUCUUCAUCGAAAUUUUAUCGGUCAUACAAAAUAUGGGACCCAUUCUAG